UAAGUGCCCUCAAAAAAAAGGAGAUUUCAACUCCUGCGGUCAAAAUGUAUCCAGCUCCUUAUGAACAAACGACAGCACCAUUUUCUCAGUUAGGAAAUGCUUCUUUAUCUAAAUAAAAAUGUAAAAAGGAAUAAAUUUAAAUUUGAUUUUUCAGGUAAAUAUUGAAUCAGCAUACUAUCAUUGAAGAUGUUCUAUCUAAACCACGGUAUUCGGAAAGGAAAAUAAAAGAAAUUCUAUUAUGAAAAGAUCUGUAAUUUUCUCACUGUCAAUAGUUGCUGCUGUCACCGCUCUUAGUGUUUCAACACCUUUUAAUCACAAAGCAGUAAAUUUUUAUGAAGCUGGAAAAACUUCAUCUCACAAGUACAAAGUAGUGUGUUACUAUGGAAGUUGGGCAGUCUACAGACCAGAUGAAGGGAAAUUUCCUGUCGAAAAUAUAGAUCCUUUUAUUUGUACGCAUCUUGUUUAUGGAUUCGUGGGUCUUGGAUUUGACAACAAAAUCCGUUGCCUUGACCCAUAUUAUGAUUUAGAAGAGAACUAUGGAAAAGGUGCAUUUAAGAGAUUUACUGGACUCAAGCAAAUUAAUCCCGAGUUAAAGACUAUAAUUGCCAUCGGAGGAUGGAACGAAGGUUCUACUCGCUAUUCCAACAUGGCAGCAUCGGCUUCGACGAGAAAAAUAUUCGUUGACAGCGUUGUCGAGUUUGUGAGGAAGCAUAACUUUGACGGAUUGGAUAUGGAUUGGGAGUAUCCAGCUACCAGAGGUGGAAAACCUGAAGACAAACAAAACUUUGUUGCUUUACUGAGAGAACUGAAAGCCGAAUUUCAAAAAUACAAUCUAUUACUAACAGCAGCUGUGUCAGCUGGAAAACAUACUAUGGACGAUGCUUAUGAUAUACCACAAGUAUCUCAGUAUUUAGAUUUCAUUAACGUGAUGUGUUAUGAUUAUCAUGGGGGCUGGGAAAGCUUUACAGGACACAAUGCUCCUUUGUACGCAAGACCAGACGAGAGCAAAGAAAAUCAAAUGCUUAAUUUGAACUUUUCAAUUAACGAAUGGAUAUCAAAGGGAGCUCCAAGAGAAAAACUUGUUUUGGGAAUGGGGCUCUAUGGACGAUCAUUUACACUUCAAAAAUCCGAAAACCAUGGGUUAAAUGCUUCAGCUCCGCAAAAAGGAAGAGCUGGGCCUUAUACUAGAGAACCUGGUUCCUUAGGAUACAAUGAAAUCUGUGACAUGCAAAAGAAAGAAAAAUGGAAUAUAGUAUGGGAUGAUUUUUACAUGGCUCCUUAUGCUUAUCAAGACAGGCAAUGGGUAGGAUAUGAUAAUGAAGCUAGUAUCAGACUUAAGGUCAAUUAUGCCAAAUAUUACAAACUGGGAGGAGGUAUGGUGUGGUCCAUAGAAACAGAUGAUUUCCAUGGAAAAUGCCAUGGCAAAAAGUAUCCCUUAUUAACUGCAAUCAAUGAAGAGUUUGCCAACCCAUCAGUGGCUCUUCCUUUACCUCCUGAACCACCAGCAACAGUACCUUCAGCUUCAACUGCAACUAGCCAAGAAACAAAACCACCUUCAACAACUUCUACAACCACCACUACUACAACAACAACCACUACAACUCCCCGACCAUCAACAAGUUGGACACCACCUUCCACGUCUCAAGAUCCAAAUCAUGAUCCAGUCGACACACCAAGUUUUGAAUGUCGCCAAUCUGGCCUUCAAAGAGAUCCAGCAGACUGCCAAAAAUUUCAUUCUUGCGUACAAGUUCACGGUCCAAAUGGCAGUUCAUUCUUGCCAUAUGAAUUCUCUUGCCCACCAGGUACGGUCUUUGACAAAAAGAUACAAGGAUGCAACUCUCCAACUUUAGUAGAAGGUUGUGAAAAUGCAACUACUCAAGUAUUUAGUUUCUUCAGACCUCAUUUUUGAAGGAAACAGGAUUCUCAAUUUAGGACCCUCUAUUUAUUUAUUUUCCUUUAUAAGUAAAAAAAAAGAAAAAAUUAUAAAAUAUAAUAUUUUGUGAAAAUUUAGUAAUUUUAAAACUACAAAAUGACAUCUAUAGAUGACAAAUGCGAAAAAUACAUUCCAUUUUAUUUAUAUUAAACAUUGUAUUUCAUUAUAUGUAAAUAGUAUUUUGUUUUGUGGCUGUAUUAAUUGACUUUUGUUGAAAUAGUCCAUUUCCGCUUAUAUAAACUAUUGCUCUUAUUAUU